AUGGCUCCUUCCUCUUCCGUAGGCUCUGAUGUCUUCGCCAUACUCGCUCUGUUGUCCAUCUCCACAACAGUCACGCUUCUGCUACGAUACUAUCUCCCCUUGCGAGCGACCCCCGCCUACCUUCUAAUACCUGUCUUCCUGGCUCUCGCUCUCCCCUCGUCCAUUGUUUUGCUAGUACCCAUCGACCUAGCCUCGUCCUCUGGGACCGAUACCGAUGGCCAACGAGGAAUAUGGCUUCCCGACAAUGUCAUGUUGGUCGCCUGGAGGCUAGCAUACUGGCUUACCUUUGUCUUGACAUGGUUCGUGCUUCCUUUGCUCGGCGAGUACUGUGACUCAGGCUAUCGAGAACCUAAGGAUCGCUUCAUCUACUCCCUCCGCUCGAAUGCGCGCUACCAGCUCAUCACGCUAUCCGUUGGAACAGCUGGCGCCGUUUACUUUUUCUGGCAAAACCGCAACGACAAUACGACAAACAAGGCCGAAACUUUGAAGGCACUGGUAAUGGCCAUGGCCUACGCUUAUGGUCUGAUACUGGCAAUCUACCUUAUGGGACAUGGAUUAGUCGCCAUACCGCGACGUCUGAUCAGGGAUGCAAGCGUCAGUGCCAGAUUGAAAAGGCUUCAGAGCCAUGCGCCAGGAAUACAUGAGAAGCUGGAUGAGGCUGUCGAUAAUCUACAACAAGUUGAAGCCCAGAUCCUUCAGCUGCGUCAGCGAAAGAACACUAUGCCGAAAGAUUUACAGGAGUGGGUCGAGGAGCUUUACGAUACCUCCAGUCUCCCGGAGUCACGCCCCAGUGUCAGUUCUGCAACUGCACCUCCGCCCGUCGUGACGGAACGAUAUCUGGCCGAGCUGUCCCGAAAAGUCAAACGUGCUAGACACAAGCGUGCACGUUUCACUGGAGAGUGGAAUUAUCUAGUCCGACAGGCUGCCAGACUCCAGUCGCUUCUCGACCUAUCUUCGUCCCAACGUCCGAAAGCAGCCAACAUGCGCUACCAUGUCCAAGUCCAUAUUCUACCUGCCCUCCGUGUUAUCCUAGGCGUGUUCCUCGCCUGUGCAUCAGUUGGGCUACUCUGGUCAGAGGUGGUGCACGAGAUGGACUCCAAGCUCUCUCUGGUUGGCAAGAGCGUUGUUCAUCACCCUUCAAGCUCCCGAGGGCAGAUAGGAUUUGCUGGCCAAAUGAUAUCUGCGGCUUGGUUACUUUACAUGUGUGCUGCUGCACUGUACUCUGUAACGGAGGUCAAGGUCUGGGGUAACCGCGCGCUUGUGCGUCGCCAGACCUACGCUGAGAGCGCAUGUUGGUACAGCUUACAAGUCGCGAAGCUUACAGUCCCCCUGAGCUUCAACUUUAUCACUAUGAUCGAUCCGACCAUCAGCGAAGGUACCACUUUCUACCGGUUCCUUGGACGCCUGAUCAAUCUCACACCUGUGAUUGGCAACUUCUCCGCAUACUUCCCCAUUGUGGUCAUGCUUCCCGUUGUUGCAACUAUCUUCAACCUCUAUGGCAAGAUCAAGAACGUCAUUGGCUUUGGCGUGCUUGAAGACGAACACGAUGAGCCAGGGACAGGAACCUGGCGUGAAGGCCGUAUCCUGAUCGAACGCGAACUCCAGGCCGAUGGAUCACAGCUCCAUCUGGCUUCCUCGAGUCUUUUGUCUUCUGCUGAACCGUCACCACGCCAUAGUGCCGAUCUUAAUCGACCUUCCAGGCUGACCAACAACAGUCGAGCCUCUGCGGCCAGAAGAGCUGCAGUGCGAAUGCCUCAAGAGGACGAAGACACGAGUGAACGAGCAUUCUUCCAAGAUGUCGGUCAACGUGUGCGCAAUACUUUCGACACGGUGGAAGCGCCUGCAUGGCUCAAGGACAUUGGAGAUGGCAUCAAGAAGCCGAAGUGGAUGAACGGAGGUGACGAUGCCGGCUCCAGUUCAGGGGAUGGAGGCAACUUCUUUGGAAAACUAUUUGGUGGGGGUGGUGGUAGUGGAAACAAUGGUAAUAUAAGGCUGUAG